UACGCUCUAGUCUACCCAGCCUCUCCCGAAGCUCUCUCCUCGUACCCAAGCAAGAACUCAACAAAGCCACGAUCCUAGGGAGAACAGAGAGGGAAGUUUCAGAAUAUAUAGAGAGAGAGAGAGAGAGAGAUGAGAGGCAUAGCAGCACUUUCACCGUCAAAUCAUUGGCACCCAAAAACCCACAACAACCCAUCAACACAUCCCGCCAAAAACCUUAAACCCAACCCCCUUCGAUUGAUCAACAACAACCCAUCAACAAAAAGACUCAACCCAAUGCCCUCUUUCACAAUCAAAGCCUCCCAAACCCACAAUCCCACAACCCCACCACUCGUAGUCGUUGGAUCAGCCAAUGCAGACAUCUAUGUGGAGAUCGAUAGACUCCCAAGAGUGGGAGAGACAAUCUCAGCCAAGACUGGCCAAACACUUGCUGGUGGCAAAGGGGCUAAUCAGGCUGUAUGUGGUGGAAAACUUUCGUACCCCACUUUUUUUGUGGGUCAGAUUGGUGAAGAUGCUCAUGGGAAGCUGAUUUCUGAUGCUCUUGAGGGUUGUGGGGUUGUUCUUGAUAGGUUGAGGAAUGUGUCUGGUGCACCCACUGGUCAUGCUGUGGUGAUGCUUCAAUCUGAUGGGCAAAACUCUAUUAUUAUUGUUGGUGGUGCUAAUAUGUCUUGUUGGCCUGAUGCUAUGUGUGAUGAGGACUUGGUGGUUGUGAGGAAUGCUGGGAUUGUCUUGCUUCAGAGGGAAAUCCCUGAUUUUGUCAACAUUCAAGUUGCAAAGGCUGCCAAGAAUGCAGGUGUUCCAGUCAUUUUGGAUGCUGGGGGAGUUGAUGCACCAAUCCCACCAGAACUACUGAAUUUUGUUGACAUUUUGAGCCCAAAUGAAUCUGAACUUGCCCGUUUAACACAAAUGCCGACUGAAUCUUUUGAACAGAUUAGUCAAGCUGUGACAAGAUGCCAUAAAAUGGGUGUUAGGCAGGUCCUUGUGAAACUUGGGGUGAAAGGGUCAGCUCUAUUCCUAGAAGGAGAAGAACCAAUAAAACAACCCAUCAUAUCGGCUCCAAGAGUACUUGAUACAACCGGUGCCGGUGAUACUUUUACUGCUGCUUUUGCUGUGGCUCUCGUGGAGGGAAAAUCAAAGAAGGAAUGCUUGAGAUUUGCUGCUGCAGCAGCCUCUCUAUGCGUGCAAGUCAAGGGAGCUAUUCCAAGCAUGCCCGACAGGAAAUCAGUCUUAAACCUUCUUCAAUCUCUUUGAGAAUAUUUCUCAGCUCAUUUUGCAUAUAAAUAAAAGGCUAAAUGCAUCACGAGCAAACAAGCUAGUGUUUAUUCAUUCCAACAUUUGGCUAUUAUCAUGAUUUCAAGAAAACUACAAAGAAGAGCCGUUCAAAAAAUGGGACGCCAAUUUAGAAGAUACAAUGAUUGAUGAUUCCCAAGUGCGAUUAGAAGAGAUACGGUGGUAGUCUUUAGAGGAUGAUAAAGAUGAUACUCAACAAAAGCACUCACAUUUAGAUGAAAGGACCCAAGAGCAACAUCCUGUGUUUGGUUCGAGAUUUCCUAGACAAAGCUUAGCACCAUAAGCUAGAACUUCUAAUCCUGCACCUUGAAUGAGAUCUCAACAGUCUCAAAUUUCUAGUUUUAUUAGACAAGAUGGAGCAUUAUCAUCCACAAAGGAUAAAGGGAAAAAGAUGGUAUAACUUUUCCUUUUUUUGUUUUUCUUCUUUUUCAAUUUAAGAGUCAGGAAUAAUUACCUUUUAUGAUGAACUUUUUAUUUUGUGUUAGUUAUUUUUUAUUGCAAUACUUAUAAACUUUGGAUCA